AGGCUUAAUCUCAGCAUGGGGACCUGAUUUUAAGAGAUUACUAGAGAAGUCUCUUGGUCUGGGUGGAGGAGAGACAUUUAAUAAGCAAAGGGAAGUUGAUGUUAAUGCUGUGGGGUACACAAUGGGUUAAAAACCAGGAAACAAGUAAGGGUGCCAGCUGCACAGGGGUGGGCUGGUUUAGACAACAGUUGGGUGUGGCUAGCCAUGUUCAGACUACAAUGAGAAAUUAAUGGGAGGCUGGAGGAAGCCCAGGACACUGGCUAACUCACCUUUGCCAAGACAGCAGCUUCUCUAGGCUGGGUGGGGAGUUCUCUCAAGUUUGUCUUGCAGAAGGAGGCAGGGGUGGCUAAGGAACCCUUGCUACUUCCCGUGCUUGAAUGUUCCUGUUAAAGUGUGGAUUAGCUGGAAUGGAUCGCUACAGAUAUUUCAUCUUCAAUCAGAAAAGCAUGGUUGUGUUGGGGCUCUCACAGAUAACUUUUGCUACCAUUUGUAUCAUCAGUGGAUUAAUAGAUGGUGCUCUCAGAAGAGAAUCAACACUGAGUAAAACUAGGAUACCCAUCUGGGCUGGAGUGUUUAUGGGUGUUCCUGGAUUAAUGGCUUUAUAUUCUUCUCAGAAAAAGUAUCCAAUUCUGGUGAAUGCAAUGAUAAUUGCCUCAGUAUUUUCCUAUUUCACCACUUUAACUGUAGUUGUCUAUGCCUCUCUAACAUUAGAGUAUGGUGAGAAAUACGAGCUCAGCGAUAUGUCCUCUUAUCAUCCAGCUGUGGUGUUUGUGCUUGAUCAGCUUGUGAAAGGAACCAGUAUAACAAUGCUGAUUGCAUCUAUUUUUAGUGCUGUUACUGUGCUCCUUAUUAUUUAUGUCAGUUGCCGAAGCCUUCCAUUUUGUUCAUGUUUUGACAGCAUAACUGGACUUGAAAGACUCCAAUCUAAUGAAGACCAACUACAAACUGCAGAACUAGUCUGUAUGUCACAUGGUCAAGUGGACAGAAUUUUUAACUCUCCAGUACAAUUUUCAAAUCUAAAUUUAGAAGGAGAUGAUGAAAUAACCAAACCACCCCCAUACAUCAGAUUUUCAUAGGGUUUUAUAAUGGGUUUUAUCAGGAUGAAUGUAAGACUCUUGCUAUAAAAUUUCAAAAUCUUCAAAA